ACCAAAUGGUUGAUCCUUGUUUCACUUUCAAUGUUGACAUUCUUUUCCUUUUAAUAGCUGAAUACAUGCGUAACCCAUCUCCUGGUAAAAGCGAAUUAUUAUUUCACUCUAUCACUUCACAAAUGAUUGAGCAACAGAAAAUCAUAUUUUAAUGUUUGUUGAUAUCUCGUAGCUAAUGCCCUUUUAGUUACGUAUGUACUACAAAAGUCAGUUCGUUUUAGGAAAAAGGCUUCAACUUCAAACUAAUGGCUGUCAUUGACGGGAAAUGGUGCCGAAUGGAAUGCGACCAAAUGCCAUAUGCAGAUUUAAGUUUUGGUAUUAAAAUGGAGAAACUUUUGCACAAAGAAAUAUCCCAAUAUCAAGAAAUUAUUGUGUUCAAAAGUCAAUUUUUUGGAAAUGUUCUUGUAUUGGAUGGAACCCUUCAGGUUGCAGAGUUUGACGAGUUUGUAUACCACGAAAUGAUGGCUAACUUACCUCUGAACUGUCAUUCAGAUCCGAAAACGGUAUUGGUUGUUGGGGGAGGAGAUGGUGGAAUAGCCAGAGAACUUUUGAAGCAUCAUUCAGUAGAAAAAGUUGUCGUUUGCGAAAUUGACGAGAAAGUUGUUGACGUUUGUAAGAAAUAUUUCCCAAAAUUGUCCGAAAGUUUUAGUGAUGUCAGGACGGAAUUAGUUAUUGGGGAUGGUAUUGAAUACAUAAAGGAUCAAAGUGGUGCUUUCGAUGUCAUUAUAACAGACCCACACGAUAAUACAGGAGCAGCAAAAGGAUUGCAUGAAGAAGGUUAUUAUAACAGCAUGAAAAGAGCAUUAAAACCAAAUGGUUUGAUUUGUUCUGAAGGUAAAGACAUGUAUUUUGAACUACCAGUUGUGAAAAGAUUGAUGACUUUUUCACGAAAGAUAUUUCCGAAAGUAGCAUAUGGAUAUGCAGUUACCCCAUCUUACGCACCUGGCCAUAUUGGAUUUCUUCUAUGUGGUACGAAUCCAAAUACCAGUUUUAAGGAGCCUUUAAAGACUUUAACAGAAAAUGAGAUAAAAGAGAGGAAGCUAAAGUAUUACAGUAGUGAUAUUCACAGAGCGUGUUUUAUUCUUCCAAAUCAUAUUAGGGAGCUUCAGUAUUUGAGAACAGUGCAGUUUGAAGCAAGACAAAAGGAAUUGUAUCCCGAUGGAACUCUACAGCAAUAGUGUGUUUUCCGAAGGAGACUACAACUCAUUUGAGAAUAACUGAUUGUACAUUAUAAUUAUAUGUAAACAGAAAGUUCAGUUAUAUAUUUCUAUUGUUGAUUGUGUUUUUACUUUUACGGUUUUAACAGGAAAUUAAUUCAGUGAAAUUUGUAACCAAAGAGCUAUUGCAGACGGACAGUUGAACAAAUUUAGGGCUGGGGUUAGACUAAAGCCUAAACGUCUUCCAAAUCAAAAAGUAAAAGAUGACAAAAGAGGCUGUUUCGUGUUUUAAAUGUAAAGUAAAAUAAAGAAAUAUCAAAAUUGA